UUGCGUCUUAAACGUGACUAAUGAGUGACCAAAAUUAUUUUGCUCUCAAUGGUACUUUAAUACAUUUCUUAUCCUGUGUCGUUCAUAUUAAUGUUUUUAUUUCUUUUGUAACGAAUGAGGCAACAAUUCUUCGUCCUGCCUCGUUCCGUUUAAAGCCCGAACAGAAAGACAUUAAGGAGCUUUUAUAACAAGCAGGCAGUAGAGAUGCCCGUUGGAGCCUUACACACGCUACACAGGGUCAUUGUGGUCCACAGGGCGGAUGUUUGUUCAGAGUUGGAUCGCAGAGCUGCAGAUGUAGUCUGAGCUCGUAUUUAAGAAGAUAUCAUGGUGCUCUAUCAGAUGAUAUCAAAUCACUGCGGGCUGUGCUCAACCCUGAUAUUUUGAAGAUCAGAAACAUCGGCAUCAUGGCUCACAUCGACGCAGGAAAAACAACCACAACAGAGAGGAUGUUGUAUUACUCUGGCUAUACGAGGGCAUUAGGAGAUGUGGAUGAUGGAGAUACGGUCACAGACUUCAUGGCUCAGGAGAGGGAACGUGGCAUCACCAUACAGUCAGCAGCAGUCACAUUUGAUUGGAAAGGCCAUCGCAUCAACCUCAUAGACACUCCAGGACACGUUGACUUCACUCUGGAAGUGGAAAGGGCGCUUCGUGUUCUUGACGGGGCUGUUGCUGUGUUUGACGCGUCUGCUGGAGUUGAGGCUCAGACUCUGACCGUGUGGAGGCAGGCAGAGAAGCACCAUAUCCCCUGCGUUUGUUUCCUGAAUAAGAUGGACAAGCCUGCAGCAGACCUAAAUUUCUCAAUUGAGAGCAUAAGACUGAAACUGAAAGCCAAUCCAGUCCUUUUGCAGAUACCCAUUGGCAGCGGUAAGAACUUCACAGGUGUAGUUGACUUGUUAACCAAUCAGAAGCUCACAUGGAAGCUGACAUCGACACGAGACGAUGGACGAGCAUUUGAACUCAGAUCUCUCAGCCAGUCAGAAGAUCCAGAACUCCUGCAAGCAGCCAGUGAGGCCAGGACAGCCCUUAUUGAGCAGGUGGCUGAUCUGGAUGAUGAGUUUGCUGAGCUGCUGCUGACAGAUUGUAGUGACAAUUUUGAUGGCGUUCCCGUGAACAAACUACAGGAAGCUGUGCGCCGAGUGACCCUGGCCAGGAAAGGUGUCCCAGUGCUCUGUGGGAGCUCUCUGAAGAACAAAGGCGUUCAGCCUCUUUUAGAUGCCAUCACUGCUUACCUGCCCGCUCCCAACGAACGGCUCCAUGACCUGGUACGGUGGUACAAAGACGACCUCUGUGCCUUGGCCUUUAAGGUUCUCCAUGACAAGCAGCGUGGUCCCCUGGUUUUUUUGAGGAUCUACUCUGGAACUCUCAAACCACAGACAGCCGUCCACAACUUAAACCGGAACAGCACGGAGAGGAUGAGCAGGCUGCUGGUGCCGUUUGCUGAUCAGCACGUGGAAGUCCCCUCAAUGAGUGCAGGGAACAUUGCCCUGACUGUAGGACUGAAGCAGACGGUCACAGGAGACACCAUCGUUUCCUCCAAGGCGUCAGCAGCUGCUGCUGCUCAUCGAGCCCAGAACGACAGCGAGACGGGGAAGAAGCGUAGAGAAAAUGCCGACAUCGUCCUCUCUGGAGUGGAGGUCCCUGAUCCUGUCUUCUUCUGCACCAUAGAACCCCCCACCAUGGCCAAACAGGCAGAUCUGGAGAAUGCGCUGAAUUGCCUGCAGAGAGAAGAUCCCAGCCUGAAAGUCAGAGUUGACCCUGAUUCUGGUCAGACCAUCCUGUGUGGAAUGGGGGAGCUGCACAUCGAGAUCAUCCACGAUAGAAUCAGACGAGAGUAUGGCAUCGAGACUCACCUCGGGCCGCUGCAGGUGGCCUACAGAGAAACCAUUCUUCAAGAGGUCUCGGCUACAGACACACUGGACCGGACCAUAGGGGACAGAAGGCAUGUUGCGUCAGUCAAUCUGACCGUCAGACCAGUGGACAUCUCAUGUGAAGUCGCAUUUUCAGAAAAAUUACAAGUGCAGAUCUUACCAGAAAUAAAAGAGGCUGUGGAGAAUGGAGUACAGAGCUCAUAUCUUCAAGGCCCGCUGCUGGGUUAUCCCGUGCAAGGUGUAUCCUCUCUAAUCCACAGUGUUUCUGUGGAACCAGGGACGUCGCCGGCCAUGGUGUCCGCCUGCGUGUCCCGUUGCAUGCUGAAGGCCCUGAGGCUGGCGGGAGGACAGGUUCUGGAGCCGGUCAUGGCCCUGGAGGUGACCCUCGGAGAGGAGCACCUCAGCUCCGUAUUGGGGGACCUGGCCCAAAGACGGGGGACGGUCAGAGACAUCCAGAGUCGUCAUGACAACAAAGUGCUGCUGGCAACUGUGCCACUGGCUGAAAUGAUGGGUUAUUCCACCGUCCUGCGCACUGUGACCUCUGGGAAUGCCAGUUUUUCAUUGGAGCUGGAUGCAUAUGAAGCCAUGAACCUACAGGACCAGGGCGCACUUCUUAAAAGAAUGUCAGGUGUGAUGUGACCGCACAAAACCAGAUACAUCUUUACAGUUUUGAGACUGGAAAAAGAUUCUAUUUAUUGUCGAAAAUAAAAACACGCUAUUCCUAAUGUGCUGUAAAUAGAUUUGCUGCCACUGUCUUUCUGUAUAGUUUUUCCUAAUAAAAACAAACACAGAAGCAAUUACAA